AGUUGAAAACGGGACGAAAAGUUGGAAUAUUGUCCUGUAUACCGCAUUAGAAGUUCAGUCUCUACGCGGCUUCUUCUACAUGUUCUGUUGUGUUAUCUCUUUAGGUUGUUGUGAAUAGAGAGGAUACUCGAAUUAUAAGGAUAUAUUUCUUUCUUUCAUAAAAUGGGAGAAACUCCUAAUAACAAUGCUCAGAACACAGCUGAUUACUUAGCGCAGCUACUUAAGGAUAAAAAACAAUUAGCAGCUUUUCCAAAUGUUUUCUUACAUCUGGAAAGACUCUUAGAUGAUGAAAUCAACAAAGUGCGAAAUAAUUUGUUUCAAGUAAAUGGUUGCAAGAAAGAUCCUUUGAUCCUGCCAGAACCUGAUGGUCCCGUCAUAUCUCGCUCUGAAAAGGUCUAUGUGCCAGUCAAAGACCAUCCUGAUUACAACUUUGUUGGACGGAUUCUCGGUCCCCGUGGUAUGACUGCAAAGCAGCUGGAACAGGAAACAGGCUGCAAAAUAAUGGUCAGAGGAAAAGGGUCUAUGAGAGACAAAAAGAAGGAAGAACAAAAUAGGGGGAAACCAAACUGGGAACACUUAAACGAUGAACUCCAUGUUCUAAUCACAGUUGAGGACACAAACAACAGAGCAGCUGUAAAGCUACAGAGAGCUGUUGAAGAAAUCAAGAAGCUUCUUAUUCCGACUGAGGGUGAAGAUGAAUUAAAAAAGCGACAACUGAUGGAACUAGCUAUUAUUAAUGGUACAUACAGAGAUAGCACUGGAAAAAAUAAUAAUAUUUACAUGUUUCUCACGGAGCCAGAGACAACUCGACUGUUGGCACCCCCAAUGACCAUCUCCAACUCUCUUCGUACCACCGGUACUCCUCUCGGGGCUCCGUUAAUUCUCUCCUCUAGGAUACCUGUUCCAACGACUCACACUUUAUUGAAUGGAAAUGCACCACCUCCUCUCAUUUCUCCCGCUGAUGCAGGGCUCUUGUAUGCCACUUACGGAGAUUAUCAACAUUAUGCCGCCCUCACGUCUCCUCUACUGGCAGAAUACCCACCACAUACUGACCACUCAUCUGCUGGUGCGGCUAAACAGAGGAGAAAUUUAGGUUUGCGGGAACAUCCUUACCAGCGUUCUGGCUCUCUUACUUAAGCGACAAAAGCUCCACAACCGACACCUGAAGAGUACUAACCCACCCACCUGUGAAAAUACAACUCACGAUGACCAGCACACAGGGUCGUUCUGGAAAGAUCUAUUUUUGUAGUGCACUUUCUUCCCUUCUCUGUUGACUUGUGAGGAUAAUCGACUAACACUUCCUCCUGUGCAGUUUUGAUAUCGCAUCAGGUGAUCUGACGUGUCAUUAAAAAAAAAGCAAAUUUUAACUUUAACUAUCUAAUGCUGCUUUUGUGUCAAUUAUCUUCUUUACCCUUUGCACAACAUUAUUCUGUUUACUGUUUUAUUUUGCAUGACAUUUAUGUAUAUUGAGAAUAUUCCUACACAAAAUAAGUUCAUUCUCAGUUGCUGAAAUGUUGAACAUUUUCUCUAUAAAUAAUCUUUCUUUAUUGACAUAGCUAACUGACACUAUCCUAAAAUUAGUUUUGGUAUGUAUGUUUAAGGAUUUUGUAAAUUUGCUUUUAAAUUUUACGCAACUCGCCGACAUAAAGUAAUUUAUACCCUGUUUUAAUAUGGUUUAUUCUUGAAUUAUGGAAAAGGUAAUUAACAAAACUAGAUAGCAUCCUUGUUUUAAAGCUAGCAUUUAAUUGCAUUUUUACAUGAUAAGGCUACAACAGUAAGAAUAGGUUUUAAAUUUAAAAGUGAAAUCUACAUUUGUUGAUAUGGUGUAGAGAAAAUAUAUCAUUAAAAUACUCUCCCCUAUUUUCCAUUAUAAAGUAGAAUUAGAAUUUUUUUUUUUAAAUAUCACAUUCCACAUAAACCCAAACACCAGUAUUAUUAUUUUGUGUCUAAGCAAAAGAAAUGCUGUUCCCAAUAAUAAAUUAAUUUGAUUAUUGAAAAGUGUGAAUCAAGAUGGAUUUGUAAACAAUUAAAUGGAAUGCUAACAAAAUCUGACAUUUGCAAUUGAAUCUACUUAAUUAAAAAAUUUAUUGUGAAACCACUUGUGUUAUUAUGCUGGAAGGAUAUUGUGAAUUUUUAUACUGUCUAUGUUCUUACAUUGAGUGCUGAUCAAAUGUUAUUUUUAUCAUUGUGACUGAUAUUUUUUAAGUUGUGUGGGUUAGAAACUGCAUUUUAAAUGAGCAGCUCUUUAACUGUACUUAGGUCACACAUUAAGUGCAUUUACUACUUAAUAUUUGUACAUUUUAUUUUGUAAAGUAGCUUAAUUCGAGAUCUUCAGCUAUAUAUACUUAAUUAUU